AUGGGGAUCUCUCCGGGAGGGAAAGGAGGGGGAGAAGAAAUGAGUGAAAAAGAGCUGCUGAGGACAAGAGCGGGAUGUCAAGAGAAGACCCAAAAUGAGCUUAGAAGUGUUGCCACCAUGAAGCUGUCCACAGCUUUGGAGCAGGAAUUGAGGCUUCAUAUUACUGGCUGCUGUGAUGAUUACUAGCUAAACAUGCUGGGCUGGAGCCUUGAGAAUAUCAUUGCUAUCACUGUAGGACCUGCUGCACACAUCUGGAAUGGAUGAACUCUUCAAGCCGUUGAAAACAUUGAUUUGAAUUCCAGUUCCAAAUGUUGCAUGUCCAGCUUGGAUAAAAAAGGAAUAUGCCUUGCAAUUUGCACCAGUGAUAGAGAAGUGCAAUUGUGGAACAUUGAAACCAAAAAGAGGCUGAGAAAUAUGUUUGGCCACCUGUUUGUAAAUGGCUGGAAUCAUUGUAUUCUGAGCAGUGGUUGACUAUUAGGAUCUAUCCAUCACUGCCAUGUUCAGCACAGUGUUGGCAUUCUUUGUCCAAACAAACCAAGCAUUUGCUGCCUGAAAUUGUCACUAGCCAACCUGUUGCUGGCAAUUUGGUCUAGGGGUGGUAUAUUGAAUAUCUGGUAUAGCAAGCCUGGUGUGAAAUUGCAGUCACAGACAGUGCAAACCAUACUUCCUGUCAUAGCAGUUAAAUCUAUGACAUGGUGUCCUUGGCAGACAAAAGUCCUUGCUACAGGAGGUGGAAUGAAAGAUGGGAUUUUGCAUGUCUGGCACAUGAAUUGUGAGAAAAUCACCCAAAGUGCAAUUGCAGAUUCACAGAUUUCUUGCUUACCCUGGUUACCCAGUCAACAGAUGACAGGACAAGGCCUUCCUGAAAAUCAGAUGAAAAUCUGGAAGUAUCCCAUGAUUGUCAAUUCAUUAGAACUCUAUGUUGAGUAUUUCAGUUAUUUAUCUGCCAAAUGA